UAUGCGAGCUUCCCCUCCCAGGGCUGGCCUGCACUAACAGGGCCACGGCAACCGAGACAAGCUGACCUGUGGCGCCGACCAGCCAGGCGCUCUCGGGUUGCCAAAUGCAGGAAGUGAUAUUCUAAUCGCCACCCAGGCCCAGUCUGCCACCUGCUCGGGCUCCCUGGGCAAAGGUCAUCUAGGCGCUCGAUAGAGGCUCUGGGGCAGGGAGGCCAGGCUCUCAGAUGGCACAUCCCCUAGAGGAUGGCUCUGAGUCCCAAUUGGGGGCAGAGGCAGCCAUCGGCCCAGCGACACCCUUGCAGCAGCGCAAGCAGGAGAUGGAUCACAUGUCUCCCAGGCUGAGAGCCUUCCUCUCUGAACCCAUCGGAGAAAAGGAUGUUGCCUGGGUGGAAGGGAUCAGCCGUGAGCUUGCAAUCAAUUUGGUCACCAAAGGUUUCAACAAGGCCUACAUCCUGUUGGGACAGUUCCUUCUGAUGCACAAGAAUGAAGCUGAGUUUCAGAAGUGGCUCAUUUGUUGUUGCGGCGCCACCGAGUAUGAGGCCCAGGAGAGUUCCAACUGUCUGAAGGAGUGGUGUUCCUGCUUCCUAUAAACACACACCCCCUUGCUCUGAUGCCUGGGUAAACGACACGUUCUGUACUGACA